AUGAAGAGGAAAACAAAUACACAGCCGAGGACUCGAGGCCCUUUAGACGCGCUUUGUCUCUUACAUUCAUCUACCCAUUCAUACCCUUUGGCGAAAAUCCCCUGCGGAAUCAAUUCUGCCCAUUUUGCAUCUUGGCUCGUCCAGUGUUGCGUGUCAAAACAACAACCAAACAGCGACAACAAGAGCAGCGGAGACAAGAUGCGCUUGGCCGUGGCAACCACACUGGUCGCGGCGGUCGCGGGCCUCGUCCCCGAGCGGGCCACGGACCACGCCAACAGCAACAACAGCAACAUCAGCACCCGCAGCAACAGCAUCAACAGCGAUGAGGGCAACAGCCACCACGACGACAACAGCAACGCCAAUAGCAAUGGCAACAAUGCUGACAAGAACAACGACAACACCACGCCGGGGGCCUACACGCUGACCAUCUACAACUCGGACUGCUGGUGCCGCCGGGGGCGGAUGCGCAUGUGCACGUCGUACAAGCGCGACGGGGUGCUGGACGGGCGGUGCUACCCCAUCUCGCACUACGCGCGGUCGAUGCAGGCCUACGACCCGCUCAUCUCGAUGCACAACCGGCUGGUGUGCAAGGCGUGGCAGGGGCUGCGGUGCGACGGCCUGGGCCUGGAGCUGGGCUUCGUGGACAACACGCGGUGCAGGGAGCCCGUGGCGGGGGAGGAGUUUAAGCUCGAGUACCGGUCCUUUUCGUGCCACCACGAGUAG